CGCGUUCCCGAGUCCAGGUCGCCCAUGAGUCAAAGCAGAUGCUCUGUUGCACUGAUGUCUUCUGCUGUGGCCCCCGCUAAGGAGCCCAAUGCCACCGGCCCGAAGGCGGUGGAACUGGUCCUGGUCAAGGAGCAAAAUGGGGUGCAGCUCACCAACUCCACCCUCGUCAACCCCCCGCAGACCCCCGAGGAGGCCCAGGAACGGGAGACCUGGGGCAAGAAGAUCGACUUCCUCCUCUCCGUGAUCGGCUUUGCCGUGGACCUGGCCAACGUCUGGCGGUUUCCAUACCUGUGCUACAAAAACGGCGGGGGUGCCUUCCUGGUCCCCUACCUGCUCUUCAUGGUCAUUGCCGGGAUGCCGCUGUUCUACAUGGAGCUGGCCCUCGGGCAGUUCAACAGGGAGGGGGCUGCCGGCGUCUGGAAGAUCUGCCCCUUACUGAAAGGCGUGGGCUACACGGUCAUCCUCAUCUCGCUCUACGUCGGCUUCUUCUACAACGUCAUCAUCGCCUGGGCGCUGCACUACCUCUUCUCCUCCUUUAGCGCCGAGCUGCCCUGGACCGGCUGCAACAACUCCUGGAACAGCCCCAACUGCUCCGACGCCCGCAGCCCCAGCCCCAGCCCCGGCCCCAACGACUCCUUCAGGACCACGCCGGCCGCCGAGUACUUCGAGCGCGGUGUGCUGCAUCUGCACGAGAGCCACGGCAUCGACGACCUGGGCCCGCCCCGCUGGCAGCUCGCAUCCUGCCUGGUGCUGGUCAUCGUCCUGCUCUAUUUCAGUUUGUGGAAGGGAGUGAAGACCUCCGGGAAGGUCGUGUGGAUCACGGCCACCAUGCCGUACGUGGUCCUCUUUGCUCUGCUCCUGCGAGGAAUCACUCUUCCUGGGGCCAUGGACGGCAUCAGGGCGUACCUGAGCGUGGACUUCCAUCGGCUCUGCGAGGCCUCUGUUUGGAUCGAUGCUGCCAUCCAGAUAUGCUUCUCACUGGGAGUUGGGCUUGGGGUCCUGAUCGCCUUCUCCAGUUACAAUAAGUUCACCAACAACUGCUACAGAGAUGCGGUCAUCACCACCUCCGUGAACUCCCUGACAAGCUUCUCCUCCGGCUUCGUGGUCUUCUCCUUCCUGGGCUACAUGGCGCAGAAGCACAGCGUGCCCAUCGGGGACGUGGCCAAGGACGGGCCGGGGCUGAUCUUCAUCAUCUACCCCGAGGCGCUGGCCACGCUCCCGCUGUCCUCCGUCUGGGCCGUGGUUUUCUUCAUCAUGCUGCUCACCUUGGGAAUCGACAGUGCUAUGGGCGGGAUGGAAUCGGUGAUCACCGGGCUCAUUGAUGAGUUCCAGCUGCUGCAUAGGCAUCGCGAGCUCUUCACCCUCUUCGUGGUCCUGGCCACCUUCCUCCUCUCCCUCUUCUGUGUCACCAACGGCGGCAUCUACGUCUUCACGCUGCUGGACCACUUCGCGGCUGGCACGUCCAUCCUCUUCGGGGUGCUCGUCGAGGUCAUCGGGGUGGCCUGGUUCUACGGCGUGUGGCAGUUCGGCGAGGACAUCAGACAGAUGACCGGGCAGCGGCCCAGCCUGUACUGGCGGCUGUGCUGGAAGUUCAUCAGUCCCUGCUUCCUCUUGUUCGUGGUUGUGGUCAGCAUCGCCACCUACAGGCCCCCACACUACGGCGCCUACGUCUUCCCCGAGUGGGCCAACGUGCUGGGCUGGGCCAUCGCCGCGUCCUCCAUGUGUAUGGUCCCCGUCUACGCGGCCUACAAGCUCUGCAGCCUUCCCGGGUCCUUGCGGGAGAAACUGGCCUACGCCAUCACGCCCGAGAAGGAGCGCCAGCGGGCGGACAGCGGGGAGGUGCGCCAGUUCACGCUCCGCCACUGGCUCGUGGUGUAAGGGAGCAGAGAAGGGAGACCCCAGGCGCCGACCGCUGCAGGACAGACGAAAACGAAGAAGGAAAACCUGAGCUUAAGAGAAAGGAGGGCUGCUCCUCUCUGUAGCCUCUGCUCCACUGGACACGCGCGUCUCCACCCCUGACGUCCAUGCCCUCUCGGCCGCGGGGAGGCGCCCCGCCCGUCCGCGCCGCUGUGUAACUCACGUAGCCUGUGCUGCUCCGCAGGUAGCAACGCCGGAGUCCUGUGCCGUGUGUGUAGAGCUGGCCCCUCCCCGCCACACCCACCCCAGCGCCCCCACAGCCCACACCUGCUGUCACCCGUGUGCUGAGAAGCACCAUGACUGUAGAUUACAGAUUCUCUGCUGAGAAUCCCAGCGCUCACAGUAGCUUCCUGGAUCCUUUGUUUCACUCACAUUAAAAAACCAAGUGUCUAUUCUGCCUGAUUGUGCAGAGGUGAGACGGAGGAGGCCGCACAGAAGAUGACAGCGUGGGGCCGCGCAUCCCCACGUCACCCGUCCGCUCAGCCCCCACGGGGGUGGGGGCCGGGUGUGCAGUGGGAGCGCUGUCUAUUUCCUUGCAGCCGAGGGAACAGAGCUCCGCCAAGUCCGCGUGGGCUGCCGCCACCCCUGCCCGAUGUGCGUCCCAGAGAGCUCUUGGCCACCUCACCGUGGACACCCUGCUCUGGAGAAAGCGAGCUCCCCGGGAACGGGAGACCGUCCCCCGCGUGGGCCCUGACCGUGCAGACCCUGUCCCGAGGCCACGGCCUGGACACCCCGACCUCGGGGGGAGACCCCGCCGGGAUCUCUCCGGGCACCUGUCGCAUCAGUAACAGCGCUUGUUCCCUUAGGGAACGGCUUUUGGCACCCUGCUUACCUGUGCAUCAGAACCAGCACUCAGCAUCCGGGCUGGUUUCUGAAAUCUGCCUGCUCAUGUCCUGCUGUUGACGAGGAUUUGGACUGUUGACCAAGGACCGUUCCCGGCACGGCCCCCCGGGGGCUGGCCGUGUGCUCUGGGCCGGCUCCAGCCUGCGGAGCCUUCUCGGCCAUCCCUGCGAGCGGACCUCAGCCCAGGCGCGGUGGAACCAGCCACUCGGGGGGAGCCAGCGUGUCAGCCGGAGCUUGCGUGCAGUUCUGGGGGGAACCGGGUCCCUCGUCCUGUCCAGGAGUGCCCCGUGCUCAUGUAAAACCCUGUGUCGUCCAUGUCCAUCGGUCUCCACCGGGGCCUCCUGUGGUCGUCACCAACAAUAAAGAAACCCGUGGGAAAAUG